AUGAGGACCCCGGAUUCGAGUACGAUCCAACGCCCUACCAAGACUUCUCUCAGACUCUCUGGACUCCCUACAACCGCUUCGAGCAAGCGCAGCUCCUCCAAGGCCAAGGGAGCCACACACACUUCGAUGAAGAAGAGGAAGAAGAGGAGCAGCAAGCUCGAUCGAGUGAGCCGAACCCAGUCGAGUGGAGUGCUCCUGACGGCCGUCUACCAUCUCCAGACCACGACCUUGCCUCCCGGUUCUUUGGGGGGCACUGAGGUGUUUUCUGGAGAUGUGGAGUGGAGUGAUCGAGUGGAGGAGAUCGAGUGCAAUGAUGGAGUAGCAGAGGUCGCGCUGGAGUCAACUGCGAAAGUGAUCGAGCUGAAAGAGAUCGCGCUGGAGCCCAACCUGAGAGAUAGAGUCAGAGUCAAGUGA